AUGAUUGCGGUGGCUGGACACGCGUGCGUGAUUCGAGUGAAUCAUAACGGUGAGGUUUUAGUCACGGCGACAGAGUGCGCCAACGACGAGGCGCGUUUCGGGCGGAGGGGCUCGCCACCGGGGAUGUUUGGGCACUCGUCCGCGGUGCGCGACGAGCUGCGGGGGCUCCUGACGCCGCCGUCGCCUCGUGAUUUUGGUGGUCCAAACGCACGUGUGGUUCAGCUUGCGCUGGGACGAGUGCACGCUUUAGCGCUCACGGAUGAUGGGAAAGUGUGGUCGUGGGGCGGCGACGCCGCUGGGCAAUGCGGCCACGGGAGGUUUCGCAUGGGCGAAGCGAUGUCUCGCAUCUCUCUGGGCGGGUCCCCGACGGCUGGCGGUGGUAGACGAAAAUCGCGCACGUACGGCGGCGGUUCGCCGCCACCGCACCAGAGCUUUUUAUUGUUCGACACACCGAGCGCACCGAGACAGAUUGUCGCGCUCGAGGAUAAACGUAUCGCUAAAAUACGGGCUUGCCGGUAUUCCUCGGGCUGCCAAACCAUCGACGGUAGACUUUAUUGCUUUGGAGACAAUCGAAAUGGAAACUUAGGACUUGGUGAUAACUUAUGCGUGCGAGACACUCCAGUGCUCGUCGCGACGAUCGACGGCGUGGUUGAUUUUGACAUGGGCGCCAAGCACACGUUGGCGGUGACGACCGACGGCGCCUUGUACUCGUGGGGCGACAACUCGAUGAAACAGCUCGGGCGAGAUGGCCCUAGGAAUUGGCCAGCGAUGGCGAUAAUCGACGUUUCGGAUCGGAUUGUUUCGUGCGCGGCGGGUGGGGCGCACUCCGCGUGCCUCACGGACGAAGGCGAGCUUUUCACGUGGGGCUCGAACGACGACUAUGCGUGCGGGCAUGUCGGGUCGAAAGUGUACGUGCCUCAGAAGCUCGAAGGCCUCCCCAAGUUGGUGUCGGUGAGCGCCGGUACGAAACAUGUCGUAGGAGUCGAUGAAACCAAUCGCGUGUGGGGGUUCGGCUCGAACAAGCACGGCCAAUUAAAACCAAAUGAACGGGGCGUCGUCGAGUGUCCGACGAUACUAGGUAAUGAGGCGGUAUUAGACAUACGUUGUAUCGAUUAG